UCCUUUUAAAAAAAAUAUGCAAAACCCUUUCUUUUCUUAGUUAUACAAAUCAUUUUCUUCCAUCAAGUCUCCCAUAUCGCUUGCCCUACCCCUUCUUUAUAUUUUUUUCUUCCCUUAAACAAAUCCCAUCUUAGACAGUUUUUAAUCUAAAUUAAUCCAUAAAUUAUAUACUAUUAACCCCCUUUUUAAAUACUAAUUUUUAUUUUAAUCCUUUGUUUUUCUUUGUUUUGUGUUGUGUUGUUCUUUUUGAUGCUGGCAUGGCCGGUCUUAAUUUAGGAACUGCUUCUCGCUAUGUUCAUCAGCUUCACAGACCCGACCUUCAUCUCCAGUACCUACCCGAACCUCAAGAUCAUGAAGCUUCUAAAAACCGUGUUGGUGUUGGUGGUGGUGCUCAGUAUGGCUCGGCCGAUCAUCACCAAGAUGAUGAAUCGACUCACCAAGGCCUGGACUUGGUCAACGCCGCCAACUCGGGUCCAGGUGGUGACCUUGUUGCUCGUAGGCCAAGGGGUCGUCCUCCAGGUUCCAAGAACAAGCCGAAGCCUCCGGUUAUCAUAACAAGGGAGAGUGCCAACACGCUCCGAGCUCACAUUCUUGAGAUUGGGAACGGCUGCGAUGUGUUCGACUGUAUUGCCAGCUACGCCCGUAGAAGGCAAAGGGGUAUCUGUAUAUUGAGUGGCAGUGGUACGGUGACCAACGUGACCAUCAGGCAACCAUCGGCAGCUGGAGCUGUAGUUACCCUCCAUGGCAGAUUUGAAAUUUUAUCACUUUCGGGUUCUUUUCUGCCUCCGCCAGCUCCGCCAGGCGCCACCAGUUUGACAAUCUUCUUGGCCGGCGGGCAAGGCCAGGUUGUUGGAGGGAGUGUAGUCGGUGAACUGAUGGCGGCGGGACCUGUUAUUGUUAUAGCUUCGUCGUUUGCAAAUGUGGCCUACGAGAGACUGCCUUUGGAAGAGGAUGACCAGCUGCAGAUGCAAAGCGGCGGCGGAAAUAACAUGUUUGCCGAUGCAGGAGCUGCCCCAGGUGGGUUGCCUUUCUUGAAUUUACCCCUCAAUAUGCCCCCUAAUGUCCAGUUACCUGUUGAAGGAUGGCCUGGAAACUCAGGUGGUAAUAGGCCUCCGUUUUGAGGGCUUUUCAAUGGAAAAUUCAAGCUCUAUUUGCAGCAAUGUGGAUUAAUGG